CCCAACUUUCUGCCUGCGUUGUUUGGGGACACUAUGAAGAUGGCGGCAGCCUCGCUGUAUUGUGUCUGCCAGCAGUCGUAUGAUGUUAGCCGGUUUAUGAUUGAAUGCGACAUUUGUAAGGACUGGUUUCAUGGCAGCUGUGUCCAAGUGGAAGAGCACCAUGCCGUUGACAUCGAUGUUUACCACUGUCCCAACUGUGAUGUCCAACACGGACCCUGCUUGAUGAAAAAGCGUAUCAACUGGCACCGGCACGACUACACAGAGCCUGACGAUGGCAGCAGGCUGGUGCAGGCGGGGACCUCUGUGUUUGUACGAGAGCUGCAGAACAGGCCCUUUCCCAGUGCGUCUGAGAUCCUGGUGCAGAUGCAGGGGUAUCAGGUAACACAGAAGUACCUGGAGAAGCAGGGCUUCAGCUACCCCAUCGCCGUUCCCCAACUAGGCGGACUGGGUCUCAAGCUGCCCCCCUCCAGCUUCUCUGUCAGGGAUGUGGAGGAGUAUGUUGGUGGUGACAAAAUCGUGGAUGUCAUUGAUGUUGCCAGACAGGCAGACAGCAAAAUGAAGCUUCGAGAGUUUGUCAAGUAUUACUACAAACCUCAUCGGCCAAAGGUGCUGAACGUGAUCAGUCUGGAGUUUUCAGACACCAAGAUGGCAGAGCUGGUGGUGGUGCCUGAUAUCGCUCAGAAGAUGUCCUGGGUGGAGAACUACUGGCCAGAGGACUCCUUGUUCCCCAAACCCUUUGUUCAGAAGUACUGCCUGAUGGGGGUGAAGGACAGCUACACAGACUUCCACAUAGACUUCGGAGGCACAUCUGUGUGGUACCAUGUACUCUGGGGAGAGAAGAUUUUCUACUUGAUCAAACCGACCCAGGAUAAUCUUACACUAUACGAGGUGUGGAGUUCGUCCCCCAACCAGAGCGAGGUGUUCUUCGGGGACAAGGUGGACCAGUGCUACAAGUGUGUGGUGCCGCAGGGAACCACUGUCCUCAUCCCCACAGGAUGGAUCCAUGCUGUUCUCACCUCUCAGGAUUGCAUGGCGUUCGGUGGGAACUUUCUCCACAACCUCAACAUAGGCAUGCAGCUCAGGUGUUAUGAAAUGGAGGGGCGGUUAAAGACUCCGGACCUCUUCAAAUUCCCUUACUUUGAGGCAAUCUGCUGGUACGUGGCCAAUAAUCUACUGGAGACUCUAAAAGAGUUACGAGAGGAUAACUGCCAGCCCCCAGUCUACCUAACAGAUGGAGUGAAAGCCUUGAUUAAUGCACUGAAAAACUGGCUGAAACGAGAGGUCACAGAGCAGGCCAGCGAUGUCCCGGACCAUAUCAGACCCAACCAUCUGAUUAAAGAACUCACAAAGGAAAUCCGCUACCUGGAGGAGGAGGAGGAGGAGGAGGAGGAGCAGAGUGGAGGUAGCAAGCCAGUGAAAUCUCAGGGAUGUGGACCGUGCCCACUGACGCUGUCGACUCUUGACAAGGCUGGACAUCAUGCUCGCAGGACAGCCAGACGGCUACGGCACCACCACCACCAUCAUCACCAUGCGCCCAAGACCCCCUCCAACCUGGAGAUCCUGGAGCUGCACACGCGACAAGUGCUCAAGAGGCUGGAGGUGGGACCCUUUGAGCAGGAUGUUCCAUUCAGCUCCACGGUGAUGGCCAAGUUCAACAAGACGUCCAUGGCGUCUGCUGCAGCGGUGGAGAGGAGCCUGGACAACAACCUCCUUCUGGUGAUGUGCAAUGGCAGGAUUAUUAGAGAUGAGCGUCGUCACACAAGUGUGAAGAGUAGUCCGGUGCGGGACGGUAAAAGGACUGGCGACCACCAGAGGGAAGGGGUCCUGGUGAAGACUGAGCUCAAUGACAGCAAGCUGGAACAGUACCAAGACCACGAGAGAGAGGAGAAACCCAGCCCCCUCAGCAGUGAGUCUAACUGGUCAAGUCACCAGCUGUCAAUCAACGGUUUAGACUUUUUCGAAAGAGUGAAUUCCGAUCUCAGGAAAGGAGCCAUAGUGUACUCCGACAUUUCAGACUCUGAGUCCGAAGAACGUUGCUCUUUGCAGAAAAAGGACUCCUCGGGGGAAGAUUCGGGGAGCUCCGAGGAGGAAAGGGAGGAUAAGGAGCAUUGCAGGAUGGCGCGAGGCAGUGUGAAGGACCUACACCAGGCCAGCCAGGCCCUUCACCACUUUCACAAACCACUCAAAGGACAACGCCCUACCUCUCCAACCACAGAAGAGGAGGCUAUUGAGGGCAUGCUGUCCAUGGCAGGGCUGCUUUAUCCUCAGCGACCAGAGGAGAGCAGCACUGCCCAGGAGCCCUGGUGGUCCAGCCUGGCUCAUCAGUCCCCCGACAGUGGUGGAAAAGAGCCUGCGUCAGGGGAUGAUUCAGACAGCAACUCCACACUGAUCCUUCAGGAUGAGCGGAGGGCACAGCAGCAUGUGCGUAAGGAGUGUGGAGCCGAGCUUAGCCAGAGGAUCCAGGAGAACAAGAACUUCAUGGCCAAUCAGAGCAGUGGGAGUAACAAUAACAGCAGCGAGGCCUGGAGUGACCAAAGCCCCUCUCAGGCUGCCUCUAGCCCCCUCCGCCUGGACCCCAGCUCAGAGACUGACAACCAGUACAGUGAGACUUCCCUGUCACCCCCCCGGCACCCCUCCAAGAGGCCCGCACCAAACACCCCACCCAUCAGUAAUCAAGCGACUAAAGGAAAACGUCCUAAGAAAGGUAUGGCCACCGCUAAGCAGAGACUAAGGAAGAUUCUCAAGCUGAGCAGGAACAACCACUUCUUGCUAUAGCACCCAAGACCCUGAUGUCUACAGAAUUAACUUUGAGAAGGGACAUCUCGCCCCCCUGCCCAUAUAGUCUUUCGGUUGUGACUCACAUUUUACAAGAAUCAUUGCUUGGAUGGAUUGACCUGACACAUUAAUGGCCGACAUGCUUGAUGUGGAAGUAUUGGAUGUAGGGCUUUCAGAGUUAAUCAGUUAACCUGAGUUAAUUUUAGUGCGCUCAUUUUAUUACAUUUUUUGUGUGAUUAAACACAUUGUCUGAAAGCGUUCAAAAUAAACUGAAACAUACUAAAUAAUCUAUACAGAUAAAAACAACGAUGCGAUGUCCAAACAAGUUGACAUUUAAGUUAAAGAAAGUGUGCUUUAUCAAUUUACCUGAUUUGGCUAACCGUAACAAAAUCAAGACUUCAAUAUUCUUGUAAUGCUUUUCAUAUAAAAAAAUAUAUAAACUUACAGCUCAAUUUGAGCAUAUUCUGAAUUUGCGAUUUAAUCAUGAUUAAUCACAGCAAAUCCUGGAAUUAACUCAAUUUAUUUUAUCGUUUGACAGCCCUAAUUGGAUAACAAGAUAAUGGAUUUACAGAAGAAAGCACACCGAUUCCCAUGGUGAAGUGAUGGUGCGCUGUAUAAAGAAAAAAGAAACUGCAUGGAUCCUCAGCAAUGACAUUGGAUUGUAUAGGAUCUGGCCAUCAAGAGCUAUACAGUAAAUAUGGCUUUGUUUCAGAAUUGAAGCACCGCAACAACACAGGAUUGUACAAAGACGCAUGGCAUUGGGAAUUUAAAUGACGUUUGAUAGAACAACAUUUGCAUCUGAGCCACGUGCUGUUGUAUCUAUUUUGGCUGUUGCUUUUUACCUUAUGCUUGCACUAGCCCUUCCAACCAACACUACUUAUUAUGCCACAACAAGCAAAUAUUGUUGUUUAAGCCAAGAAUGGCAAGUGAAGAGGCUGCUUUCUGCUACCAAAGUUAUCACCACUCUUUGGGACAUUGUCAUGUGUUGGUUUGGUCUGACUUACGAUCAAUAAUGAUGCUAUGGUGUUUGAACUCAUUUUAAAUGGUGCUGAAGUGCAUAUUCAUGUUAUCCUUUCGUCUACCCUCUUGUUACAAUCACCAGUGAUUGAAUUUGAGAGGGGGGUAUAUUUUGAUGCAGCACUCCAGGCACUCUCAGCCUCGCAGUAUGUAAAAGCUAUCUUCCGCUAAUGCAUUAAGCCAUUCCAAGAAUACCUCUCCCAACGCAUUAAGUUUACUGGUUCUGUUUACUGAAGGGGUUAUGACUCCUCAUUGCUCUAUAGUUGGAUCACUGACCAUAUCAAAUGUGUUCCUUUGGUGCCACCUAUUGGUCAAAGGAGGGCAGGAGCUUGAAAGUGCUGUUAUUAUGAAAGGUUUUUGAAAUUGCAAAAAGAUAUCAAGUAGCAAAUGUACAGAAUGUAUUUACAGAAAAUAUAAGUUAUCGUUAAUUUAUUUUACUUUCUCUUUUGGGAUUUGUGUUUUAUUGUUUUUCUUUUGCUGGUAUUGAAUUAUGUAUUGUGAAAAAGUGAAUAAUGGCUUUGAUAUGACAAUCCUGUUACAAUGGUUAAUGUAACGGGUGUGUGAUUUAUUUUUUUAUAUUCGCAAACCGGUUGUAUUUGUUGCCUCUAUCACAUUUGUAUUGGGUGGAUUUAAGCAAAAAUCUACUAACAAGUGGACCUGAAGAUUUGAAAUGUUUGGGAGAUCUUCUAGGUCGGCAAAGAUUAAUAUUAUCAAAGAAUAUUUGUCUUACUCGUUAGUAUGAAUUUGAUUUUUUUUAUAUAAAUGUGUCUUAAGUGACACUGAUCAUUUUAUAAUUGUACAAAGUGUAUGUGAGAAAUGUAAUUAUGGCUACUGAUCUAGUUAUUGUUAGUGUAUGUUUAUUUUCCCUAUCACUAUAUCCUUGGCUUGAAAGACCUCAGUUGGAUUUUGAAUUGGUGAUCUUUUUUUGUUGGUGAUAAUGCAAAAAUGUGAUUACCAUGAAUGGGUGAAGUGAGAGAUUGCUCCUGUUGGUGUUUUUCUCAGGGACACAUUCUCUUUCUUAAGAAACGUUUUUUUGUGGGUUUUUUUUCAUAAGCAACAUGAAAUGACCCAUCAUUGUUGACACUUUCUGAUCAUUGAUUUUAUUUACAUAAAAAAGGUGCAUUGGUA